CGCCCUGCAGUCCUGCAGCACCUACCAGUCCAGUCUCGCAGAGCAGAUAGCAUCAGUGCCUACUGCGGUACUGCAUAGCUAGCUUAGCUUGGUCUUCGAUCUCGACCAGAGCCAGAGAGUGUGGUGUGACCGUGUGAGCGACGAUGGGGAAGCACGUCUGGGCGGCAGCGCUCAUGGCGCUGGCCGUGAUUGUCGGGCUCGGUGUGCCCCCCGGCCGCAUCGCCGAGGCGCGCACCUUAGAGAAGGACGACCUGCUGGGCGGCGGCGGUGACUUUGGUGCUGGAGAGGGAGGAGGCUUCGGUGCGGGUCUUGGCCAUGGCGGUGGCCUCGGGGCUGGAUUCGGGGGAGGUAAAGGCGGCGGCCUUGGAGGAGGAGGCGGUUUUGGUGGAGGUGGUGGUGCUGGUGGAGGUCUUGGAGGUGGGUUUGGUGGAGGAGGAGGCCUUGGGGGAGGCGGCGGUGCUGGUGGUGGUUUUGGUGGCGGGGCUGGUCAUGGUGGUGGCCUUGGAGGUGGCUUCGGAGGUGGAAAAGGUGGUGGUGCAGGUGGAGGUGGUGGUCUUGGAGGGGGUGUAGGCGGGGGCGGCGGCCUUGGUACAGGUGGAGGAGGUGGCUUUGGAGGUGGGAAAGGUGGUGGACUUGGCGGAGGUGGUGGCCUUGGCAGUGGAGGUGGUGCAGGCGUAGGCGGUGGUCUUGGAGGGGGUGCCGGUGGAGGCGGCGACCUUGGAGGUGGGAAAGGUGGUGGCCUUGGUGGAGGGGGUGGCCUCGGCGGUGGAGGUGGACUUGGCGGUGGUGCAGGUGGGGGCGGCGGCCUUGGUGCCGGUGGAGGAGGUGGCUUUGGAGGUGGGAAAGGUGGUGGUCUUGGUGGAGGUGGUGGCCUCGGUGGUGGAGGUGGUGCAGGCGAAGGCGGUGGUCUUGGAGUAGGUGCCGGUGGAGGAGGUGGACUAGGCGGUGGUGCCGGUGGCGGGUUUGGUGGUGGCGCAGGAGGAGGUGUUGGUGGAGGUGGUGGCCUUGGUGACGGUGCUGGCGGUGGUGCUGGAGCUGGCAGUGGUCUUGGAGGAGGUGCUGGUGGAGGAGGUGGACUAGGCGGUGGUGCCGGUGGCGGGUUUGGUGGUGGCGCAGGAGGAGGUGUUGGUGGAGGUGCGGGAGGCGGUGCUGGCGGUGGUGCUGGAGCUGGCGGUGGUCUCGGUGGUGGUGCAGGCAGUGGUGUCGGUGGUGGGUUUGGAGGAGGCAAAGGCGGAGGCUUUGGUGGUGGGAUUGGCGGGGGCGGGGGCGCAGGUGGUGGUGCCGGUGGUGGGUUCGGAGGAGGCAAAGGUGGCGGUUUUGGUGGUGGCAAGGGAGGUGGUUUUGGCGGAGGCGCCGGUGGUGGGUUCGGAGGAGGCAAAGGUGGUGGUUUUGGCGGUGGCAAGGGAGGUGGUUUCGGCGGAGGUGCGGGUGGUGGCUUUGGAGGAGGCAAGGGUGGUGGUUUUGGCGGAGGUGCAGGUGGUGGCUUCGGAGGUGGCGGAGGUUCGGGUGGUGGCAUCGGUGGUGGACUCUAGAGGUGGCGGGAGCUCGGCGCGCGCACGUUGAGUGCGUGCAUGCCAUGAAAUUAAAAAGCGAUACAUGGAGUGUGUGGUACGGUAUGGACAUUGCUAGAGUUACAUUACAUCAUCACUAGUAUAUAUAAGGUUGACUCUUAUUUGUAAGCCUAAUGAAAGUGAAUAAUUGGAUGCGUUAUGUAAGCCUACUCUACUAUAUAUAUGUUUGUUUUGGAAAAUCGAGGGAGUGUGUUACUUGACUAUCCCCAAUCACACUCAUAAAAACUUGACUUGUGUGUUGUUUGUACUCGACCAAUUAUAUACUACAAUACAUAUUUGGUCA